ACGCGUCGGUUCUCCCGGUAAAAGCGUGUGCACGGGGAUCUCCUCAACACUCGAGCUCCUCAGAGCGGAUCUGCUUCAUCUCACAUAACGGCGAUCCACGGGACGGAAGCAUCUGCCAACUCCAGACAGUUGUCUUCUGCAAGCAUCUGAGUUCAGAGAGCAGACUGACCCAGAUCUUCGCAUCGCACCCCGUGCCCGUGACUAUGGCGGAACCGGAGCUGUCGUCCGCGGCGGACCCGUCUCUGCGCUCUCCGCGCUCGGCGCCGCUGUUGCUGUCCUUCCCGUUCCCAAGAGAAGGUAGCCGCGUUUGGGAGCGAGGCGCGCUGCAGCCCGGGCAGUUACCGAGCCCUCUGCCCACCAAACGAACGCGCACGUACUCAGCGACUGUCCGAGCAAACGGAGGUCCCGUCUUUAAGGGCGUGUGUAAAAACUUCUCACGGUCGCAGGGUCAUGGCUUCAUCAGACCAGCUCACGGCGGAGAGGACAUCUUCGUACACAUCUCCGACAUUGAGGGAGAGUACGUUCCUGUGGAGGGAGACGAGGUCACGUACAAGGUCUGUCCAGUCCCGCCCAAGAACGUGAAGGUCCAGGCCAUGGAGGUGAUCAUCACGCACCUCAGAGCAGGAACCAAACACGAGACCUGGUCGGGCCAGAUCAUCCGCUCCUAGGAUCCGGCCGGAGCAGGACUGCACUGCGGGGAGGAGGGUGGCAUCACAGAAGUUUACGUAGAGUUUGUUUCUGGUUAAAUGAGUCCUCUGUAGGUGUGAGAGACUGAGAUGAUGGUUGAACAUCCUCAAACUGGACUGUGAAAGAGUCAAACACAUCGAUCCAGUGGCACAUGCUACACUUGUGGCUGCUUUUGGCUCUUAUAUUUAUUGCUCUUUAUUUAUGCAUUCAUUUUUGAUGUUAAAUAGAUGGUAAUAGGGUGAAUCUCACCAAAAAACCUGUCCAGAACGUAUCAUAUCCACAUUCACAAUCAUAUUCACCCCAAAAUCAAAAGGAAAAAAAGUAAGCAAUUAUGUCCUGCAUAAAGACUAUUUUCAGGACAAUUUCACAUUUAAAGCAUCAUAAAUUGUUAUAUUUGUACUGACUUUAAGCAUUUAGAUGCAUUUUAUUCAUGCAUUUUACUGAUUUUAAUUAAAAAAUCAUGAGAAUCAUUGCUGAGAAUAAAAAUAAUGACUAAAAACGUGGUACAGCAUUCAUUGUUUUACUUAUAGCAGUUAGAUGAUUUAUUCUCAUGAAAGUCACAAUGCAAAAAAAAUCUGAAUGAUCCUAAAAAUAACCUUAAUUUUCAUUAUGCUAGAUAUUUUUUAUUUGAUUUCAGGGUGAAAUAUGAAUCCGAUGUAAACAUGAUCUUGGCAGGUUUGGAGGGUUUCAUCCAUUAAAGGAACACUCCACUAUUUUGAAAAUAGGCAAAAUUUUCCAACUCCCCUCGAGUUAAACAGUUGGUACGGCAGCAAACUAUUCAUUUUCCGUUGGUCUUAGUACACGAUGUAACUACAGAAGUCAAGUUUUAAAUAGGAAAAAUAUGGAAACUAUUUCCUCAUUUUUGAGCGAGAUGCUAACGGUCUAAUCAGAUUCAAUGAUCUAUGCUAAGCUAAGCUAAAAGUGCUACCGCCAGACCCAGAGAUCGGCUGAAUGGAUUCGAAAACGGUAAAACUCAACUCUAGGGGAGUUGGAAAAUGAGCCUAUUUUCAAUAAAAUAGUGGAGUGUUCCUUUAAGCUGUGCUAUAUAUGCUGGAACUGAAGCAUCAUGGACUAAUAUUGCACUUGAAACUUGAAAAACCCCAAAUAUAAACUGCCAAACUGACUUCAUCUUCCAGAACUAUUUCUCGAGAGCUUUUCAGGGUAAAAACGAGCAGCAUUGUCUAGACCAGCUGAAGAAUAACAGCCGGCUAGCAAAACCAUUUAAACACAGCAGUAGCAGCUUUAAUGAGCUUGUGUUGUUUUUCCUGUAUGUAUGUAUGUAUGUAUGUAUGUGACGUUCGUUAUGAGCUCAGAGAUCCAGUGACGUGAAGAACUGUUGGGUCAUUUGUUCAGCAUGUUCUUCUAGUGAUUUCUACUCUGGUGCCUCAUUUGGGUUUGGUGUUUGUUUGUAAACGUCAUGUUUAUUUUUAGCACUUUUUAGAGCUCAGAUCACUGUGGUCGACAACAUUUCCAUGUGAACUAUGACAGACUAAUAAAAUUAAUUUAUGAUUUA